AUGGAGAACAAAAGGAAUGUGACUGAAUUCAUCUUAGUUGGUCUCUCACAGAACCCCAAAGUGCAGAAAGUUGUGUUUGUGGUGUUUUUGUUUCUGUAUUUGACAACGCUCUCGGGAAACCUCCUCAUUGUGGUCACCGUCAUCACCAGCCAGGCUCUGAACUCUCCCAUGUACUUCUUCCUGACCCACCUUUCCUUCAUAGACACGAUUUAUUCCUCUUCUUCAGCUCCCAGGCUGAUUGCAGACUCCCUGCAGGAGCGGAAGACCAUCUCCUUCACCGGGUGUAUGGCUCAAGUCUAUGCAGAACACAUUUUUGGUGCUGCUGAGAUCAUUCUCCUGACAGCCAUGGCCUACGACCGCUACGUGGCCAUCUGCAAACCUCUGCACUACACCAGCAUCAUGAGCCACAGGCUGUGCAUCCUGCUGGUGGGAGUGGCCUGGACUGGAGGAUUUCUGCAUGCAACCAUCCAGAUCCUCUUCACAGUCUGGCUGCCCUUCUGUGGCCCCAACGUCAUAGACCACUUCAUGUGCGACUUGUACCCUUUGUUGAAACUCGUCUGCACGGACACGCACAUCCUUGGUCUCUUUGUUGCUGCCAACAGUGGCCUCAUCUGCCUGUUGAAUUUUCUCCUCUUGGUGGCUUCCUAUGUGAUCAUCUUGCGUGCUCUAAAGAACUAUAGCCUGGAGGGGAGGCGCAAAGCCCUCUCCACCUGUGUAUCUCACAUCACCGUGGUUGUCUUAUUUUUCAUGCCCUGCAUAUUUGUGUAUCUGCGCCCAGUGACCACUCUCUCCAUGGAUAAGGCUGUUGCUGUAUUUUAUACUAUGGUAGCCCCUAUGUUAAAUCCUUUAAUCUACACUCUCAGAAAUGCUGAGGUGAAAAAUGCGAUAAGGAAACUCUUGAGGAGAAAAGUGGGUACGGAGAGUAACUGA